AUGGUAGAUCAAUUUACCAAGUGGGAGGAAUGUAUUCCUCUCCCUAGUCAAUCAGCAGAGGUCACGGCGCGAGCUGCAGUGGACGGUUACUUUUCAAGGUUUGGAAUGCCUUUUGAAAUAUUUUCUGAUCAAAGUAGACAUUUUGAAUCGAAAUGGUUCACUGAGGUUUGUAAAGUCUUGGAAAUACAUAAAGCUUGGACUACUCCGUAUAGACCUUCUUCGAAUGGAAGAUAUAAUCGCAUAUUAAUGGAUGCGGUUAGGUGUUUUAUAGGCAAAACGCAAAAUCAAUGGGAUUUGUACUUGCAACAGAUAGCUGGAGCGUUAAGUUCUUCUGUAAAUCGUAUGACGGGGUUUAAAGCUAAUAGGCUAAUGCUUGGUCUAGAGGUGAAUAUUCCAGCUCAAAUGAUGUUCCCACAUAAAAAAGGUAAGAUAAGGGAUCCUGAAGACUAUUCACAGGAGUUGAGUGUGAGUUUACUAGAAGAUCAUAAGAAGGCUCGUGAUAGACUGAAGAGUUCCUCGUAA